AUGGAUCCAAAACUGACGGACGACGAAAAGUCUCGCGUGAAGGACCUGAGAGCUGCAGUCCGGAGGGCCCGCCAAGGGAGCAGCGAGGAGGUCUAUGGGUCAGAGGACUACUGGAAGUAUAGCAAGGAAGAGCUUGACGGUGAAGACAAGAUAAGUGAUUUGAGAUUCCGUGCGCUGCAGAGAAACAGUGAUCUAUCGGAUCCGAGUUUUGAACAGGCUGCGCAAGAAUACAAGUCGCAACAAGAGCAACGGAGUGCCAAACGACUUUCUAUACUGGAGAAGGAGAAGCUUUUCGAUAAGAGGAAUAAGAUUCUCCAACAGUCAUCGUCGACUACCACUAACCUCACAUCUAUGCGUGCUGCUUAUGUGGAUCUGCUUUUGACGAUCCAGAGCAAAACAAGCCGUCAGAAGCAAAGCGACUUUUCAAAAGACGUCCUGAGAGCCUAUGGUGGAACUACGAAAACCAACAACACCACGUACUGUUUUAGUGUCCUGGAUGGCACUCGUCGCGAGAGAGAUGAGUUUGUCGCAGCACACAUCUUUCCGCUCUCAAUUGGACCUAAGGCGAUGGAAUAUAUCUUCGGCAGAGAUGCAAGAUAUGAAAUAAACUCACCAAGAAAUGCUUUGCUUCUCCCGAAGAAGAUCGAAAAACACUUCGAUGCCCACCAGAUCGUCGUUGUUCCGGCUAAAUCAGACAACCCGGACGUCCGAGAAUGGCAAUUUCUAAUUGUCGAUAAGUCGGGGCUCUGGAACGAGUACGUGUUUCCAGGUGGGGAAAUGAAAUUCUCUGACCUACAUGAACGAAAAUUGAUCUUUCCCAAUGACUUUCGUCCACGAGCGCGAUACUUAUACUUCCAUUACCUUACUUCGAUGAUUAUACACUUCAGAGCGGCGCAGAAGACUGGUAUAGUUCGCAGUGAGCUUCCAGACGCUGAGUGGCCAGAGCUCACGAGAGCAUGGGCUACGCACGGGGAAUAUCUAAGGGACAACAUGAUUUACGGCUUUAUGGAGGAGUUGGGACACGAUUUGCCGGAAGAUCUCAAGCAAAAUGCGUUAACACACUGUGCACCCAUUCGUUCGAACAGUGAAGCAGAGGAGCUUGAAGAAGUCAUCGAUUCGUUAGGGAUGAUUCAAAUAGGCAGUGACGAUGACGAUGACGAUGACGAUGACGAUGACGAUGACGAUGACGGUGAAGAUGGGAAUUUUGAUGAAGAUGAUGAGGAAGGGGAGGCGGGUGCUUGCAAGAAGCGAAGAGACAGAAAAGACAGCAAGAAAGGCAUCAACUUCACAUCAACUUCAGGCGACGUCGCUCUUGAUCCAUUAUUAUUACUACACUGGCGGUCGGAGAGAAAUUGA